AAUAUGAAAAAAGAGAAAUGGUGCCAGCUAUGAAUUUGAAGGAUCAAAGCUUUCUUUCUCUUAAGGCUAAAGCUGUCAUCUCUUUCUCUCUCUUCCUUAUAGUGCUCUGUUUCUCUCCACAUUCACACACACAUACACACUCUCUCUCUCUCUCUCUAUCUCUCUCUAGUUCUCUGUUCCUUUACAAUCACUUCUCUUUUCAAAAUCUCGAGAGGAGAAGAAGCAAAGAAUUUUGAGGAAAAGGAUUGGAAAGCUUAUACGCAUUGGACUGUUCUUGAUGAUUUGAAUCGCUUGAAUCAAAUCAAAAGCUUUUUUUUUUUCAUUUCCAAACAAGAACCAAUGGCGGUUUGCUCUAACGUUAAUGGCGAUAAGAAGCACUGGUGGUUCACUCAAAGAAAGCUUGUUGAUAAGUACAUUAAAGAUGCAAAGACUUUAAUGGCAAGUGAGGAGCUAAACGACGUCACUUCAGCUGUUCAUUUACUUGACGCAGCCUUGUCCAUAUCUCCUCGUUUGGAGACGGCGUUAGAGCUUAAGGCUAGAUCUCUUCUCUUCCUCCGUCGUUUCAAAGAAGUCGCCGAUAUGCUUCAAGACUACAUUCCCAGUCUUAAGCUGGCUGCUAACGAAGAAGAAGCAUCACCUCCUUCAUCGGAAGGCUCCUCCUCAUCCUCAUCCUCAUCCUCUCGCGACGGAGUCAAGCUUCUAUCAGACGCGUCUUUGCCGGGACGUGAGUCGUCGUUUAAAUGCUUCUCGGUUUCUGAUUUGACCAAGAAAGUGAUGGCAGGGAUCCGUAAAAAAUGCGACAAAGAAGGGCAAUGGAGGUACGUUGUGUUGGGUCAAGCUUGUUGCUAUCUGGGACUAAUGGAGGAUUCGAUGGUUCUACUCCAAACCGGCAAACGCAUCGCCUCCGCCGAGUUUCGUCGCCGGAGUAUUUGUUGGUCAGACGAUAGCUUCACUCUCCUUUCCGAAUCCGCAUCAACGUCUCCACCACGCAACCUCACGGAGGGUGAGAACUUCACUCACCUCCUCGCUCACAUAAAGCUCCUUCUCCGCCGACGCGCCGCUGCGAUCGCCGCACUCGACGCCGGACUCUUCUCCGAGUCAAUCCGUCACUUCUCAAAGAUCGUCGACGGUCGUCGUCCUGCGCCUCAAGGAUUCCUCGCCGAAUGCUAUAUGCAUCGAGCCACCGCGUACAGAUCCGCCGGUCGAAUCGCGGAGGCGAUAGCUGAUUGCAACAAAACGCUAGCUCUUGAACCGUCGUGCAUCCAAGCGCUGGAGACUAGAGCCGCGCUUCUGGAAACGGUACGGUGUUAUCCAGAUUCGCUUCACGAUCUCGAGCACUUGAAGCUACUAUACAACACGAUUCUACGCGAUCGGAAACUUCCAGGUCCGGCGUGGAAACGACACAACGUGAAAUACAGAGAGAUCCCUGGGAGACUUUGCGUGUUGACCACGAAAACGCAGAAACUGAAGCAGAAAAUCGCAAACGGAGAGACUGGAGACGUCGAUUAUUACGGUUUGAUCGGAGUCAGACGCGGUUGUACCAGAUCGGAGCUGGAUCGAGCUCAUCUAUUGCUGUGUCUAAGAUACAAACCUGAUCGAGCCUCGUCUUUCAUCGAUCGGUGUGAGUUCACCGAUCAAAACGAAGUUGAUUCGGUUAGAGAUCGAGCGAAGAUGUCUUCGCUGCUGCUCUACCGUUUGAUUCAGAAAGGAUAUGCCGCCGUGAAGGCCAUCAUUGCCGAGGAGGUGGAGGCGGCAGAGAAACGGAGAAAGAACGCUGCGGCAGUUCAAACUCCCGCUCAAACUCAAACGCCAAUGCACAAGAUUGAAGAACAGAAAGCGGUUAGAAAAGCCGUUAUGGUUAAGAAAACCGAGUUCACUGAACCGAAAGCAGUGGAAAAAUCUAAGAUAACCGAGAAUACUGAACCGAAACCGGUUAAUUCCAAUGCGUACCAAGGAGUUUUCUGUAGGGAUCUCGCUGCUGUCGGGAAUCUACUAACCCGGGCUGGUUUUAACCAUCCAAUUCCGGUUAAAUAUGAAGCCCUCACCUGCUAAAACAUUGAACCGAACCGAGUAUUAUUUUCCACCAAGUCAGCGAAUAGAAACGAUGUCGUUUUCUCGUUUCUUAACCACUCGUCUAUGAACAGAAAAAAGAAAAAUCAUUCAGCCGUCAGAAGAAAAGGGAUAAUAAAAUAAUAGUAUAUGGAUGAUUGGAUAUGAAAACGAUGUUUAGGUAUUGCAAUGAAGGUUGAUCCACACAGGAAAAUUUUGUAACGUUACUUAUAUCUUCAAUAUUCGACUA